AUGAUGGCCACGUUCAACCUGAGCAGCUAUAACCCCAGCUUCUUUAUCUUAGUGGGGAUCCCAGGGCUUGAGAAGUUCCACAUCUGGAUUGCGAUUCCCUUCUGUGCUAUCUAUCUUGUGGCCAUUGUGGGUAACUGUGUCCUGCUGUACCUCAUUGCUGUGGAGCACAGCCUCCAUGAGCCCAUGUUCUUUUUCCUGUCCAUGCUGGCCAAAACUGACCUCAUUCUGUCAACUACGACAAUGCCCAAAUUACUCAGUAAUCUCUGGUUUGGUGACAAGAAAAUCACCUUCUCAGGCUGCCUCACCCAGAUGUUCUUCCUCCAUUUCAGCUUUGUUGUAGAUUCUGCAAUACUCUUGGCUAUGGCUUAUGACCGCUAUGUGGCCAUCUGCUCUCCACUGAGAUACACCACCAUUCUGACCCACCAGGUCAUCACCAAGAUUGUGGUGGGAAUCAUCAUCAGGAGCUUCUGUGUCAUCUUGCCAGAUGUUUUCUUGCUCAAACGCCUGCCCUUCUGCCGGACACGCGUCAUCCCCCAUACAUACUGUGAACACAUAGGUGUAGCCCGACUCUCCUGCGCUGACAUCUCCAUCAAUAUUUGGUAUGGUUUUGCUGUGCCACUUAUGACCGUAAUCUCUGACAUUGUCCUCAUUGCUGUCUCUUACACCAUUAUCCUGAGUGCUGUCUUCCGCCUCCCUUCUCGAGGUGCCCGCCAGAAGGCUCUUGGAACUUGUGGAUCUCAUGUCUGUGUCAUCCUCAUGUUCUAUACCCCUGCCUUCUUCUCAAUCCUUGCUCAUCGCUUUGGACAUGAUGUCCCACGUCAUGUCCUCAUCCUAUUUGCCAACUUUUAUGUUGCCAUUCCUCCAGCUCUUAAUCCCAUUGUCUAUGGAGUAAAGACAAAGCAAAUUCGUGAUAAGAUUCUCCUCCUGUUUUCUCCAAAGAGUACACAAUGA